AUGAAGUGGUUUACUACUUUCACUGCCGUGAUCGGCGCGUCGGCCGUGGCCGCUAUUUCCGCCGUAUCAACUAUCAAUGGCUGCCGAGCUGUUGCUCUGAUCGACCCCCCACCUAAACUAACUCAAUUCGCGCCGACCAGAUAUGUCAACGUCAAUGGCGACCAAAUUGCGUAUCGGGUCCUUGGUUCCAAGAAGGGAAAUCCUGUUAUCUUCCUCGCCAACUUCCGUGCGACCAUGGACAUUGCGGACCCUUUGCUUUUCAACUACAUUGCCCAGUUCCGGCCCGUCAUUUUGUUCGACAAUGCCGGCGUCGGUCACAGCACGGGCGAAGUUGCCGACUCUAUAGCGACCCAGGGCGAUACGGCAGUUGCAUUUCUUAAAGCUAUUAGAGUGACGAAGGUCAACCUGCUAGGCUUCUCCAUGGGCGGUGGGGUUGCUCAGCACAUUGCCAUCAACUACCCUGAGUUGGUCGAGAAGGCGGUGAUUGCUGGUUCAAUUGUUGGCAACGGGCCUGGGAUUGAAUUGGCGACGGACGCGACGUUUGAUAUUGCUCGUCAGCCUACCGUCCCCCAAGAGCAGGGUCUAGGCUUAUUCUUCUACCCAUCAAACACUAGUACGGCUGCAGCUACCGAUUAUGCCAGCCGCAUCACUGAGCGCAACGUACCCGGCGAAAAUAGAACGAACCAAGUGCAGGAGCCCGGCACCUCCAGGCACCUCAAAGCUAUCCUUGACUUUACCCGUAACUCCACGUACCUGGAACAGGCAAAGAGGAUCAAGGCGCCUCUCUUCAUUACCUCUGGGACACUCGAUGUCUUAGCGCCUUCCUCCGGCGACUUCGUCCUACAGCAGAGAGUUCCUGGCUCCUACCUGCAGAUAUUCCCAGACUCCGGACACGGUCACCUUUUCCAGUUCCCAAAGACCUUCUCAGAACUUAUGCAAAAGUUCUUAGGCGCCUGA